AUGCAGUGUUACACCGAAUUGAUCCCUCCAUCUGGAGUCAGUGCUGCCUUGUCUCUGCCUUACACCUCACCCGAGGCCAAUAAUCUGGUGGUUGCACGCACCUCACUUCUCCAGAUUUUCAAAGUUGAGCAUGUCAAUGCUGGACAGGACGCGAAACUCGUUCUCAUUGCUGAGUACUGCCUUGCUGGAACGGUCACUUCCUUGGGUAGAGUCAAACCACGGUCAUCUAAAAGUGGCGGUGAUGCAGUUCUUGUUGCUCUCCGAGACGCCAAGUUGAGUGUCAUAGAGUGGGAUCCAGCUCUGCAUAGCAUAACUACCACAUCUAUACAUUACUACGAACAAGAUGAUUUACAGGCUGCCCCUUGGCAGGCUGAUUUGUCUGAUUGCGUUAGUCGUCUCACCAUCGACCCUAGCAGUAGAUGUGCCGCCUUCAAUUUUGGCAUCAAUCAAGUUGCAAUCAUCCCCUUCUCCCGCACAAGCGACGACCUGGCCAUGGAUGACGACUUUGAAAAUGCUGAGAAUGGGGGUACGAGCAAUGGGCAGUCGCCAACCAAACAUCCUGAUGGUCCUGCUGAUCCUCACGACGUUCCUCAUCAGCCUUCGUUUGUCCUACCGACAACUGCCCUCGACCCUGGCCUUCUUCAUCCUAUCGACAUUGGUUUUCUUCACGAGUAUCGCGACCCUACAAUUGGAAUAUUAUAUUCGACCGCCGCUCGUUCCUCAAACAUGUCGUAUGAGCGAAAGGAUGUCAUCAUCUAUGCUGUAUACGCAUUGGACCUGGAGCAAAAGGCUUCCACAUCUCUUCAAUCGGUUCAGAAGCUCCCCAACGACCUUUACAGAGUCAUUCCACUUCCUCUGCCAGUGGGUGGGGCUCUGUUAGUUGGUAGUAACGAGCUUAUCCAUAUCGACCAAGGAGGCAAAUCCACUGCCAUCGCACUCAACGAGUUUGCUAGAGACAGCUCAGCUUUCCCGAUGGCCGAUCACUCCGAGGCUCGUGUCAAACUGGAAGGAUGCCAGAUAGAGCAUAUGGGAAAUCCAAGUGGAGACAUGCUCGUUAUAUUACAGAACGGAGAAACAGCUGUCUUAUCCUUUCGAAUGGAUGGCCGCUCGCUAUCUGGUAUGUCGCUCCGGCGAACAAAAGAUGUCAAAUUUGGGGAUGUUGCAUUGGGAGCAGCCACAUGUACCGCUCAUCUCGGUCAGGGCUACCUUUUCGUGGGAAGUGAAGACUUGGACUCAGUGGUGUUAGCCACUAAGAGACGAGCUUCUCAGCUUAAGCGGAUAGCCUCUCGAGCACAAGUCCACUCCAAUGGUGAAGGUGUAGAAUCGGAGGAUGAAGACGACGAUGAUCUGUAUGGUGGUGACUUACAUGGCCCUGGUGGUGACGUGUCCGGAGAUGCUGGAGCUUCCGGCAGUGAUCAUAUCCGAGUUACUGAUCAUCUUCCAUCCAUCGGUCCUAUCAAUGACACGGCAUUUGGAGUACUUGGGAAGCGUAAAAGAGGAGACCAGCUUGCCCUCGAGAAUCAUGAUCGCAAUGAAGUCGAAUUAGCCGUUGCAUAUGGUCGAGGUAGAUCAGGUGGUGUUGCAUUUCUCUCAAGAAACCUUGAGCCAAAUAUUAUCAAGCGGAUCAAGGUCGAAGAUGCUAGUGGGGUCUGGUCCCUCAAUUCGUCAAAAAGCCCGCAGAACGACGAGCCUGGAACAAGCAAGCAAGUGAUCGACAAUCUUGUCAUAGUGUCCCAGACGACGCAUGAUGGUGUGGGAAAAUCCUCACUUUUGCGUGUGAUUGAUGGAGAGUUCCAGCCACGCGAGGAUUCCGAGUUUGAUGGCUCUGCUGGGCCGACUCUUGGUGUCGGAAAGCUUGAGAAGACAAAUCAUACUGUGCAAGUUCUACCUACCGAGAUUCGAGUGUAUGAUGCAGACUUUGCCCUUUCACAAAUCUUUCCGAUAGUGGACGAAGAUGAAGAUCAAACUGCAAAAGUCGUCAAAUGCAGCUUCGCCGGCUCUUAUGUCGUGGCUCUCAAAGAUGACGGUAAAGUGGCGCUCCUGCGGGCAGACAAAGCAGGUGAACUGGACGAGGUUGAGCUUCCAAGCCAUUUAUCGUCUAAGUGGAUGCUGUCUGUCGUACUGUAUCAUGAUACUUCAGACUUCUUUCAAACGUCAAGAUUCUCUCAGGAUUCUUCUUCCCCGGGACCUCUUCUAUGUGUUUUGACAUCUGAGGGUCACUUCACCCUCCUGUCACUACCUAACAUGACCUUUGAGGUAUUUCGAUGCGACAGUCUUCCUUUCCUGCCAACAUUCUUGAUGCAAGACUUGCAGAUACCCAAGCAUUGGAGGAAUCAGGAUGAAAUUUCGGAGAUCUUGCUGGCCGAUCUUGGAGACCAGACUGAGCGUCGUCCGUAUCUCUUGGUACGAAACACAACGGGAGAUCUUAUCAUUUACGAGCCUUUUGCAGUGCCGGACGUGGUUGGCAGCUUCAAAUUCAAAAAGGUGUCAACAAAGGCCUUCGCGAAUUUCGAGGAUCGGUACAAUCCAGAGGGUGAAAGCCUUCUUCGACCUCCUAUGCAGGCUCUCGGCAACUCACAUGGCUAUACCUGGGUAUUUGUCCCUGGCUCGGUUUCUGCAGCUGUACUCAGAAACGCUAGAACCAGUCCAUGUGUAUAUGAGCUGAAGUCACAAAGUAUUCGGUCCGUUACCACCGUAAUUUUCGCAGAACAGCAUGAUAGGUUCAUGAUUGUUGGUGAAGGAGGCGAUGUCUACUUGGCGGAAUUCCCCUCAGGCAGUGUUAUUGGGCUCUCUUCUUGGUCCGUCAAUCGAAUACUUCUGGGGCAAGACGUCGCCUCGUUGUCCUACUUCAAGCCAACUGACUCGUACGUCCUCGGAACAAACCAUAGCACUGGGUUUCAAUUACCUCAAGAUGAUGAAUGGCAUCCAGACUGGCAGAAAGAAACGACAGAUUUCCUCCCUAAAACACUUCAAAGCUCACUUAAACUUUUCAGUCCUUCGACCAAUUCAGUAAUCAGUCAAUAUCACUUUGAUGUCUCAGAACGCGUUUUGUGUGUCAAGUGCCUCAACCUUGAAAUCUCUGAGGAGACGCAUGAACGCAAAGACUUGAUUGUUGUUGGAACGGCAAUUGUGAAAGGCGAAAACGUCACUACGAGAGGAAAUCUCUACAUCUUUGAUGUCGUCGAUGUUGUUCCAGAACCCGACGUCCCUGAGACGGAUUUGAAACUGAAAAUGCUCACCAAAGAAGAUGUACGUGGCGCGGUCUCCGCCAUUUCAGACGUUGGUUCCCAGGGCUUUGUGCUUGCUGCUCAGGGCCAGAAAUGUAUGGUCAGGGGUCUAAAGGAGGAUAUGUCAAUUCUUCCUGUGGCGUUUCUUGACAUGCGCUUCUACGUCCAAGUGGCGAAAGAACUCAAAGGGACAGGAUUGUGUAUCCUCGGCGAUGCAUUUUCUGGUUUAUGGUUGGUAGGAUACGCUGAGGAGCCUUACAAACUACAGAUCCUUGGCCGAGACUUCGAAAAUCCGGAAGUCAUUGCAGCAGAAUUUCUCCCUGAUGGCAAAUCUCUCUACAUUAUUUCGUCGGACGUCGACGGGCAAUUGCGAGUCCUCCAGUAUGACCCAGAGGAUCCAAAGACCGAGCGUGGCAGCAACCUUCUCCUGCGAAGUACGUUCAAGAUGGGUGCAAGCCCAACAACAAUGACUCUUACUCCGCGUAAAUCUCUUGCCAGCACACGGCGUUCUUCGGAUGGAUCUAUGGAUAUGGCGAACGAUUCACAAGCAAGCACAAAACAACAAAUCCUUGUCAGCACACAGUCCGGCUCAUUAUGUAUGCUGACCCCUAUUCCUGAGGCAUCCUAUCGCCGACUCUCCACACUCCAGAAUGUUCUCCUCACAACACUGGACUUCCAAGCAUGCAGCUUGAACCCUCGGGCAUAUCGCGAAGUGGAAACAGACGGCGUCGGAGGCAGAGGCAUUAUUGAUGGAAAUCUAGUUAGGAGAUGGUGGGAGAUCAGCACGCAGCAGCGAGUUGCAAGUGCUGAUAAAGCGGGCGGGAGUAUCUGGGAGAUCCGAGGGGACAUCGAUUUGAUCAGUGGUAACGAUUUGAGGUUCUAA